AUGAGGCGGGAGGCGGGACCAUGCGGGGUUUCAGCCAAUGAGCGGCGGGGGCGUGGCGCAGAGCUCGCGGCCUGGCACGGACGGCGGACGCGGCGCAGCUUGCAGCCCUGUGGAGCGGCCGUGGGCCCAUCCCAGCCUGGCACCAUGAACGUCUUCGAGCGCAGCAUCAACUUUGAUGCCCUCUUCAAGUUCUCCCACAUCUCAGCCUCCACCCAGGAGCACCUGAAGAGGGUCUAUGGCAGCUUUGCCAUCUGUAUGUUCGUGGCAGCUGCGGGCGCCUACAUCAACGUGGUGACCCACCUUUUCCAGUUUGGGCUCCUGACUGGCCUGGGCGCACUGGGGCUGAUGGUUUGGCUCACGGCCACCCCUCACAGCCGUGAGACCGAGCAGAAGAGGCUGGGGAUGCUGGUUGGCUUCGCCUUCCUCACGGGCAUCAAUCUGGGACCCCUCCUGCAAAUGUGCAUCUCCAUCAACCCCAGCAUCAUCCCCACUGCCUUCCUGGGCACUGCCACCAUCUUUGCCUGCUUCUCGCUGAGCGCCCUGUACGCCCGGCGCCGCAGCUACCUCUACCUAGGAGGUUUCCUGCUCUCUGGCCUCACCCUGAUGCUUCUCUCCUCUCUGAUUAACGCCUUUGUGAGAUCCACCUGGCUCUUCACGGCCAACCUGUACGUGGCUCUGAUGAUCAUGUGCGGCUUCGUGCUCUUCGACACGCAGCUCAUCAUUGAGAAGGCGGAGAGCGGGGACAAGGAUUACAUCUGGCACUGUGUUGAUCUCUUCCUCGACUUCGUCAACAUCUUCCGGGAGCUCCUGAUGAUCCUGGGCAUGGCCGAGAACAAGAAGAAGGAGAAGAAGUGAAGCGGCUCUGGGCCGAGGCAGAGCCACCCCUGUGUCCCCAUGUCCCCUCCUGUCCCUCUCUGUCAUUAAAGGGGCUGCGCUUUGCUGCCGAGGAAGCAGCCAGAAGCUUUCGCA